CCGGGCGGAUCCCGCCGCUCCUCCGGGAACCGCCGCUGCCAGUUCCGAGGAGCUCAGAGCAGCGCGGGGGGCUCCGUGCCUGCCCUGCUGGGGAACUGCUGCGGCAGCGUUGCGAUUGCCCCUUUGAACAGCGAGUAAAAAAAAAAAGGGGGGGGGGGGAGAGAGAAAAGAGAAAAAAAAAGAGGAGGGAAAAAAAAAAAGAUGAAGACGCUUAAAUGCCUCCUGCCAAAAGUAAAGAGCGAAUCUCAGUUGCGAUGGCUCUGCUAAAACUUGAUCAUGCGGGAUUUCAAGGGAUAAAAAAGGGCUGCCGGGCUGCUAUUUACUGCGGUGGGAACAAGUUGCAGGAUGAAAUCCAGGCGCUGAGGGACCUAUUUUCCACUUCAUUGUUUGCGAAGGAAUCUACUGAAAUGACUUUGAGGAUCUUUAAACUGGAACUAUGUGGAGGGAGAAUGCACCCCCCCUCGCCUGUCUCCCCGUGCGCGUAGCUGCCCUCCCGGGAUGCGAUGUCGCCCGCAGGCUGCGGCGGGGAUCACGCGUGCGGCCGGCGGCGCGGAGGCCGCCCCUGAGCCCGGGCAGCGAGGGGCGCGACAUGCCCGCGGUCGCGACAUGCCCUGCACCGACAGCAGCACCGGCAGCGACACCUGCGGCCCCUCCGGCUCCUCCCGCCGCUCCGUCUCCUGAGGCGCUCGGGGACAAAGCUGGCAAAGAUGAGGAAAAUUGGCUGUGCUCUCCUGGUACUCCAAGCUCUUCUGGCACCUUUGGAUCUUGUUCGUGGAGCAGAGAAAAAUUAUCCCAUCCUGAACAUUGCAGUGAUUCUGGGAAGGACCAAGUACAUAACAGAGAGAGAUAUCAGAGCUCUCUGGACCAGGGAAAUGUCAGCAGACCUGACUGUUGAUGUCAAUGUAGUGCCCCUUCUCGUGAACCAGACUGACCCCAAGAGCAUCAUAACACAUGUUUGCGACUUGAUGUCAGGCACCAAGAUCCACGGAGUGGUUUUUGGAGAUGACACUGACCAGGAGGCAGUAGCUCAGAUUUUGGAUUUUAUUUCAUCUCAGACUUCUAUUCCAAUUCUUGGAAUUCACGGCGGGGCCUCCAUGAUAAUGGCAGAUAAGGAUGUGAUGUCCACGUUCUUCCAGUUUGGGGCUUCCAUCCAGCAAGAAGCCAUUAUCAUGCUGAAGAUCAUGCAGGAUUAUGACUGGCACGUGUUCUCUCUGGUGACCACCACUUUCCCUGGAUACCGAGAUUUCAUCAAUGUCAUUAAGACCACUGUGGAAAAUAGUUUUGUGGGCUGGGACAUGCAGAACGUCAUCAUACUCGAUACUGCCUUUGGAGAUGAUGCCAAGACUCAAAUUCAGCUGAAGAAAAUCCAUUCCUCUGUCAUCCUGCUCUACUGCUCCAAGGAUGAAGCCGUCUACAUUCUGGACGAGGCUCGCUCCCUGGGCCUUACCGGCUAUGAUUUCUUUUGGAUAGUCCCCAGCCUGGUUAGUGGUAACACAGAAAUCACUCCCAAGGAGUUUCCUUCAGGACUCAUUUCAGCAGCUUACGACGAGUGGGACUACAGUUUAGAAGCUCGGGUGCGGGACGGCCUUGGGGUCAUUGCCACUGCUGCCUCAGCCAUGCUGGAAAAACACUCCUUCAUUCCCGAGGCCAGGACGAGCUGCUAUGGACAACCAGAGAAAAAUGACAGGCCCUUCCAAACCUUGCACAAGUUUAUGAUGAAUGUGACUUGGGAAGGCAGAGAUUUGUCCUUCACGGCCGAUGGUUACCAGGCACACCCCAGGCUGGUGGUGAUAGUGCUGAACAACGAGCGGGAGUGGGAGAAGGUGGGGAAGUGGGAGAACAACUCCCUGAGCCUGAAGUACUCGGUGUGGCCGAGGUACAGCUCCUUCGCUGACAGCGACCCCGACGACAACCACCUGAGCAUUGUCACCCUGGAGGAGGCUCCCUUUGUCAUCGUGGAGGACGUGGAUCCUUUGAUGGAGAGCUGCCAAAAAAACACCGUGCCGUGCCGAAAAUUUGUCAGGCUGAACAACAAAACUAAUGAGGGAACUAACGUGAAGAAGUGCUGCAAAGGAUUCUGCAUCGAUAUCUUGAAGAAGCUGUCUAAAACUGUCAAGUUCACAUAUGACCUGUAUUUGGUGACCAACGGGAAACACGGCAAAAAAGUCAAUAAUGUGUGGAAUGGGAUGAUUGGUGAAGUGGUGUAUCACCGGGCAGUGAUGGCCGUGGGGUCCCUCACCAUUAACGAGGAGCGCUCUGAGGUCGUCGACUUCUCAGUGCCGUUUGUCGAGACUGGGAUCAGCGUCAUGGUGUCACGGAGCAACGGCACAGUUUCGCCGUCUGCUUUCCUAGAGCCUUUUAGUGCUUCUGUCUGGGUGAUGAUGUUUGUGAUGCUUCUCAUCGUGUCUGCCAUGGCUGUCUUUAUAUUUGAGUACUUUAGUCCUGUAGGAUAUAACAGGAACUUAGCACAAGGGAGAGAUCCCCAUGGCCCAUCCUUUACCAUUGGAAAGGCGGUGUGGUUACUGUGGGGUUUGGUCUUCAACAACUCUGUGCCUGUGCAAAACCCCAAAGGGACAACGAGUAAAAUCAUGGUGUCAGUCUGGGCUUUCUUUGCUGUCAUUUUCCUGGCCAGUUAUACUGCCAACUUAGCUGCCUUUAUGAUCCAAGAGGAAUUUGUUGACCAAGUGACUGGACUGAGUGAUAAAAAGUUUCAAAGGCCACAUGAUUACUCACCUCCUUUUCGAUUUGGAACGGUCCCGAAUGGAAGCACUGAGAGGAAUAUCAGAAACAACUACCCUGAUAUGCACCUUUACAUGACCAAGUUUAAUCAGAAAGGAGUUGAAGAUGCCUUGGUCAGCUUGAAAACUGGGAAGUUGGAUGCUUUCAUCUACGAUGCAGCAGUGCUGAAUUACAAGGCUGGAAGAGAUGAAGGCUGCAAACUUGUCACAAUAGGGAGCGGAUACAUCUUUGCCACGACCGGCUACGGAAUUGCACUUCAGAAAGGAUCCCCUUGGAAGAGACAGAUCGAUCUUGCCCUCCUUCAGUUUGUGGGAGAUGGGGAAAUGGAAGAGUUGGAAACCCUGUGGCUGACUGGUAUUUGUCACAACGAGAAGAAUGAAGUCAUGAGCAGCCAGCUGGACAUCGACAACAUGGCAGGAGUGUUUUACAUGCUUGCAGCAGCCAUGGCUCUCAGUUUGAUCACCUUUGUCUGGGAGCACUUGUUUUACUGGAAACUCAGAUUCUGCUUCACUGGAGUCUGCUCAGAUAGGCCAGGAUUGCUGUUCUCGAUCAGCAGGGGUAUUUACAGCUGCAUUCAUGGAGUACACAUUGAAGAGAAAAAGAAGUCUCCUGACUUUAGUUUGACCAAUUCACAAACCAACAUGUUAAAACUGCUACGAACAGCGAAAAACAUGACCAAUAUCAAUCCUUCGAGAAUUGACUCCCCCAAAAGAACAGCUGAUUUUAUUCAGAGGGGUUCUUUGAUUAUGGACAUGGUCAUGGAUAAGGGUAACUUGAUAUUUGCUGAUAACAGAUCCUUUCAGACAAAGGACAGCUUUUUUGGUGACAACAUAAGUGAACUGCAGACACUUCCUGGCAACCGACACAAGGACAAUCUCAACAACUAUGUUUUCCAAGGUCAGCACCCUCUCACACUGAAUGAAUCCAAUCCAAACACGGUAGAGGUUGCAGUAACAACAGAAGCAAAAGUGAACUCCAGACCUAGGCAGCUGUGGAGGAAAUCUGUUGAAUCUUUACGUCAAGAAUCUGUACGUCAGAGCCAAGGUUCCCAGAGGGAUGACGGGUCAGAGGAAAACAGGCAGCUUUCAGUGAAAAGCCAAAGAUACCUUCCUGAAGAGAUUGUCCAUUCAGAUGUAUCAGAGACAUCAAGCCGAGCUACUUGCCAUAUGGAAGCUGAAAACAACAACAAGCAUCACAAAACCAAGGACAACUUCAAAAAAAGGACAGUAGCAUCAAAAUACCCAAAAGACUGUAGUGAAGUGGAACUGACAUAUCUAAAAACCAAACAGAGCUCUCCACGGGAUAAAAUCUACACAAUUGAUGCUGACAAGGAGCCAGGAUUCCGCUUGGACACACCUCAGUACAUCGAAAACAUUGUCCUUCCAGAAACUGUGGAGUUUCCUGAUGUUUAUCAAGAUCACAAUGACAACUACAGGAAAGCCGAGCACGCUAACAGGACUCCAAUGCAUAAUGAAGACAGUCUUCCAAACAACGACCAGUAUAAACUUUAUGCAAAGCACUACACUCUAAAAGAUAAAAAUGCUUCCCUACCUGAUGAUAGAUACAGACAGAAUUCCACCCACUGCAGGAGCUGUCUUUCCAAUUUGCCCACUUAUGCGGGACACUAUUCGACCAGAUCUCCCUAUAAAUGCGAUGCAUGCUUGCGGAUGGGGAACCUCUAUGAUAUUGAAGAAGAUCAGAUGCUGCAGGACACAACGAACUUAUCACUUCCCGAAGAAAUAUAUGAGCGUACUUGGUCAACAAGUAAUGCUCUGCAAUAUCAUAAAAAAAAUAAAUUGAGGAUUAGCAGGCAACACUCUUUUGAUAAUAUCGCUGAUAAGUCCAGGGAAAUUGAUAUUGGAAGACCUUCUCGUAGUAUAAGCUUGAAAGAAAGAGAGAAAUUUCUUCAAAGUAGUCCAUAUGCAAGCAUGUUUAGUGUUCCCUCAAGCAAACUAUUGAGCAACAAGGCCUCACUUUUAACUCAUGCUCUAGAGGACAGUAAGAGGAGCAAGUCCCUGUAUGCUGUUCACUCGGAUGACAAUCCCUUUCUGCACUCGUAUCGUGAUGACCAGCACUUAUCUCUUAGGCGAAGUCCAGCUGAUCUUUAUAAACAUUCAUUGCCAACAAGAGGAAGAAAUGAUAAUUAUUUAAGGUCAUCCAUGCAGUCUACAGCAUCAUACUCUUCCAGGGAUGGUCGGAUCCAUAACGACAUGUACAUUUCAGAGCAUGUUUUGCCUUACGUUGCAAAUAGGAAUAGCUUGUACACAACUCCAAGGGUUUUAAAUUCCUGUAGCAAUACACGUGUGUAUAAGAAAAGGCCUAGCAUUGAAUCAGAUGUUUAAAUUUUCCAUGAACACUUUAUCUAUAGGGAAAGAAUAGUUGCCACCAUCUUAGAGGGAGAACUUAUCCUUUAACAGUAUCCUGCUCUGGUAAAUGAUACGUAAACCUCUCCCUUUCCCAAUGUACUUUUGUACAUGAAUAGGUAAACUGGUAUGCUCUUAACUAUCCUUUUAAAAUAUGUCUUGUUGAAAAAGGAUAAAAAAUAGCCAUUUAUAUAUGCUUUAUAUAUAAAUGGCAAGUUGUACUGAAAUAGCCCCAAUAUAUGUUGGCAACUAUGCUGUUUUGUAUCUAAUUCUUUUACUAUUUCGGUUAUUCUAAUUUAUGUUGCUGAGUAUCAUUCAAUGUACUUUUGUCCUUAGAAAUGUUUAAUGAUUUUCUAGUACUGGAUAAGCAAUAUGGUAUGCAUGUAGUAUGACACAGACAACAAGAAUUAGGAAUGCAUUUGCACAGAUUCAAAAGUAAGACUCUAAAAGAGAACAGAAAGCUAGACUUUCAAAAAUAUAUGUUAGCUUCAUAAUCAUUUUCAAAGCCAAGUAAUAAUUUUAAAAAAGACCCCCACAUCCCAAGACCUUAAUAAAUAAAAUACAGUGUUUUAGCACACAAUUAGUAUGUUCAUUCUAGACUGACAGACAAUAGAUGGGAAGGCAGUAGCCCCAAACAUGUGAACUGCUGUGUACCAAAAGGAAGCCCCGUGGAUAUUGGUUAACGUUCAUGUACAAAUGCUUUUCUUAUAUUGCACAUGCACUUACCAUUACGAAGUAAGUUCAUUGAAAAGUUUGCAGUAAUCUUGUCAGAAAUUUCACAGCUGCCUAAUCCAGAGUAUAUAUUUUUAGAUAUCACUAUAUGGCACUUACUAUGGAGCUGUGGACUUUACUAGUAACCUUGAGGCCUAAUGUGUACGUAAGUUUGCAUUUGCCCCUUACUGGUGAUUACUCAGGGCUGUAUAGUAUUUCUUUUAUUCUUUCACUUCCCAAACCAAAUCCCGACCCACUGUAGUUCUUUGUUCAUAGUGUAUUAGUGACAACUAAUGAAUUGUAUAUUAAUAGUAUUAAAGCUGUUAAUACAGUAUCAAACACUGACAGCCAUAAGUUCAGUGUAAUCAGUGAGGAGUGCAAUACCAUUUAUUUGCAUACACAGCAAAAGACUAACACCUUCAGAAGGACUUCUUUCUUCCAGAAUAUUGUGCAUAUUUGUUGAACGUCAGACCAUUUUUUUUAACCUCUCCAAUCAAGUCUGUUAUAUAAACUGAAUAUAUGCACACUUAACUAAGUAUGUUUAUUAUCACUAACUGAUAUGCAGAUACUCACAUUACAGGGGUGCAUUGUUAAAUGGCUUUUCCAUUUAGUAAAUGUCGACCAGAUUCUUUCACAAAUAAAAUGUCUGCUACACACCCCUCCUUACCCUCACUGGAAAAAAAAAACCACUAGAUUUUAACCAUAAGGGAGCGUGAAAGAGAGGAGAGGAAGCCUUUCAGGAGUAGAGUAUACAGCUGCUAAUUUAAUUUAAACUAAAGAAAUAAAUAUAAUUGCUAAUAUAUUUAACUACUGAAAGUGUUGCACUGGGUGGUGCUCUCCCAUUCUCCUGCUACUCUGCAAAUUGCUUUAGGAUUUUUGCGUAGAGGAAAUUUAGAUUAUUCAAGCAUUAUUCCCUCCAUUUCACUGAAGAACAGUGAGCAGGGAAACCAUUACCACUGUGAAUUGGAAAAUGUGAAUAUUACCCUAACUUUUCUCCAAACUGAAACUCUUUUCAGCAGAAUUGUGCCUGUCAGCUGCAAUUGAAGUAUCUGCAUGCCAGAGGUGCAGUAUGCAAGGUGUUUAAUUUGGAACAGCAUACUGCAGAGCAGAGUUGCAAAUGGGAGGUUAUAUAAAUGAUGUAUAGGGACAGUCAAAAUAAAGGUUUUUGAAUUGUUUACAGCUUUUUUUUUUUAAUUAUUAUUAUUAUUAUUAUUGAGAAGAUUCAAGCUGACUUUGACCACCAAACAGUCCAGAAUGAAUUCUUGGUAUUUGCAAAUGUAUUUGUAUGUUCACCACGCUGGUGAAGGAUGAUAUUUUUAAGGACUGACAUGUAAUGAGAUUUGGGCUUCUGAGUCUCUUUCCAGCUUCCAGAAAUCUCAGUAUGCUUUAUCAUAAGUGUGUUCAGAAAGCAUAUCUAUGGGUAUCUGUACACUGUCCAUGUAAAAAUAUGUUUUGAGUAUUCUUUAUUCAGCAUCUGGUCAUAAUUACUGGCCCUGAUUCACAUGGGAUGCUUUCUGGUUCCUCACUGGAGGCAAUUUUUAUAAUCAGAAGUUCCUUACCUGCCAUGCAUAUUUCCCAGGAAUAGUUGUAUGAGCUGAGCAGGGCUAGAGUGGUGUCUGUGGGAUGAACAGUACUUGUCACGAACCCAAACCUUUUCCCAAAGACAUAGACAUAUUUGUCUUAGGUCUGCAGGAAAACAAAUGCACUGAAGGCAUAAAUAAUGCUGUAAUCAGUGUAAUAAAAAUACUUCAGGCAAAUUUCAAUAUCCGAUCCAAAUCAUAGUAUAUUUACUAAAGUCUUCUGUAUUUCAGCAGAUAUGAUAUUUGCUGAUGUUGUGCCAAAAAGUGCCGUGGAAAUUGCUGAGCAUUUUACCAAUCAUAAAAUUCAGUGGUGGCUCUUGUCUUUUGUAUCAUCAUAAAGCUCUCAAAAUAUUUGUUGGUCGCUCCAAGUCUUUUGUAUCAUCAUCUCUAUCCAACCAGACACACCUAAUUCAGUAUAUAUAUGAGUAUGGUAUGUGAAGUUAUGGGAAAGAAAAAUUCCCUUUUACACUUUCUAAUUUAAACUCUAUAAACUCUUGAGGUUCAAUUGUAAACAUCCUCAAGCCAGGUGGAUUUAUCCUUCUGUGAGAUGUGCAAGCAAAUUAGUUAUAAUGAAAUAUAUUGCAGUGUUUGCUUUUUCUGAUCUGAGCAGAUUUCUGGUGACCGUAGAGAUUUAUUAUUAUUAGCUGCAAUAUGAAGUAAACCACCUCCCCUAAACCAAAACAAAGAUACAGAGGGAAGACUUGAUAAUGUUGCACAGCAGUUGUUCACAUGGAAAUAAAAGAUGCUGCCUUAAAGGAGGAAAAAACCCACAGAUGAUGAAAGUAGAGGGAGUCUGCAUGCAUUUGUUGUUUUGAUCUUGGCAUAAGCAUGAGACAGUAAAGGGGAAAGGAGAGGAUAAAGUGCAGGGCUGUAGGCAGUAGCUGGUUGCAGAUUUUUACAUGUAAAGAAGAAACAGCUGAGAAGUUGAAGGAAAAUCUUCAACAGUAGAGCCACAAGCCACAGCUUGUGAGGCUCAGCCAUAGAGCGCGUGGAAUUUGGAAUUUUGCCUGAGCUUUGUUGAUGUAUUUGCACUGACUUUCAAUUAAACUGAGAUCAAGACUUUCUGUAUUUCCCUCUCUCUCACUCUAGCUGCUGCUAUACUUGAAGAGGAGAAAAGAAUCUUCCUGCAUAAGUGGCCAUCCUUUCUGUACCUUUCUGGAUGGUGCUGGUGACUUGUUACAUUUUCCUGAUUACAGCUCUAGCAGUUUGUUGGUCAUUCCUAUCACCAAGAUUUCCUGUGACUCCAGCUGGAACUGAAUCAGGCUGUAAAUGAUAUGAGCCAUUCUUGGUAGCAUGUCCUGUAGUGUUACACUGCUCCUGGACGACACCUUUUAUGGAGGCAGGAUAUUGAAUUGCUGAGGAAUGCAGUAGGUACAUGGAGGUAAAAACAGCUACAUAGACAUACCUGCCUCUUGCUCUUUUUCUCUUUUAAAGAUAUUGUAGAAUUUCUUCAUGUUUUUGUCUUUCCCUUUUCACCACAGUAAAUCUUCCUUUUUUCUUUCAAAUGGAUUUUGUGUUCUGCUUGUGUUUCUUAGAGCAGUGUAGCCACCCACUGAUUUAAACGCAUGGUAAUAAGAUAUUUUAAUAUAUAAGAUAAAAUUAAGGAAAAUUAAGAGAUUUUGCAUUUUCAGAAAAUUUAAUUUAAUGUUUUUGCAGCUUUUGCUUAGACUUCAUUAUUCUGCUAUCUAAGAAGCUUGAUUAGGAGAAAAAGUGCUGUGGACAAACAGAAACGAAAUCACCACCAGCUCACUGUGUUUUGGCAGCAUUCCAUAAAUACAUGUCUCUUUAUGAUCUUUCAGGAACACUUAAGAGGUGAUAUAAGGCUCACAAGGGAAAUCAGGUGUGGUUUAUUUUUCCUGGUGAAAAUAAAUCUCUUUUUACAUAGUUUUAAACGAAGCAAAAGCUAGAGCUGUGUGUGUAGCUUUGAGUUUCUGUGCUGGAAGGCUGAGCUCUUUCUGUGGCCAGUGGGGAGAGAGAGAGAGAGAGAAAGCAAAUUCCCUCUGGGUGAAAGUUCAGAGGACUGUGACCUUUUGAGAAAGUACAGGUUCCUAACU